AUGAAGUUCUACAUCGACGAGCUCCCCGUGCUCUUCCCGUACCCCAAGAUCUAUCCCGAACAGUAUGCAUACAUGACCGAUCUCAAGAGGACGCUCGACGCCAAUGGCCACUGCGUCCUCGAGAUGCCUUCGGGCACCGGAAAGACCGUCUCCCUCUUCAGCCUCAUCGUCAGCUAUCAGCUCUUCCACCCAGCCAAGCGCAAGCUCAUCUACUGCUCGCGCACCGUACCCGAGAUCGAAAAGGCGCUCGCCGAGCUCAAGCGCCUCAUGGAAUAUCGCGCCCGCUACAACGUCCCCGAAGGCGAAGAGUCGUACGUCGCGAAGAGCGACGCCGACGGCACCAAUGGCCCCGCAGACGACGACAUCGAGAUGAAGGGUCGCGGCAAGGCGGGCGGCCAGAUGGAAGACAUCCUCGCGCUCGGCCUCAGUUCGCGCAAGAACCUCUGCAUCCAUCCGGACGUCGGCAGGGAGCGCAAAGGAAAGGUCGUCGAUGCGCGCUGCCGCGACAUGACCAGCAGCUGGGCGUGCGAAAAAGGCCGUCAGGAUCCAGGCAGCGUUCAGCUCUGCGACUUCCACGAGGAGCUCGGCAAGAUGGAGCCCGGCCAGCUCAUACCGCAGGGCGUCUGGACGCUCGAGGAGGUCAAGGAGUACGCGCGCGUCAAGGGCAUCUGCCCCUACUUUGCCAUCCGACGCAUGAUCCCCUUUGUCGACAUCAUCGUCUACAGCUUCCACUACCUCCUCGAUCCCAAAAUCGCCGAGCAGGUGAGCAAGGAGAUGAGCAAGGAUGCCAUCGUCGUCUUCGACGAGGCGCACAACAUCGACAACGUCUGCAUCGAGUCGCUCUCCAUCGACCUCACGCGGCCCAUGCUCGACAGCGCCUAUCGCAGCAUCAAUCAGCUCUCGGAGCGCGUCGACGAGAUCAAACGCACCGACGCCUCCAAGCUGCAAGACGAGUACGCACGUCUCGUCGAGGGACUCCAGGAGCAGGGCGAACAGCGCGAGGCCGAAUCAUUCAUGGCCAAUCCCGUCCUUCCGGACGACCUGCUUCAGGAGGCGGUGCCGGGCAACAUUCGGCGAGCCGAACACUUUGUCGCCUUCCUCAAGCGCUUCGUCGAGUACCUCAAGACGCGCAUGCGCGUGCUUCACGUCGUCGCCGAGACGCCCGCCAGCUUCCUCCAGCAUCUCAAGGACAUCACCUAUAUCGAGCGCAAACCGCUGCGCUUCUGCGCCGAGCGGCUGCGCAUGCUCGUCGGCACGCUCGAGCUGACACGGCUGGACGAGUACUCGGCGUUGCAAAAGGUGGCUGCGUUUGCCACGCUCGUCGCCACCUACGACAAGGGCUUCCUGCUCAUCCUCGAGCCGUUCGAGACCGAGAAUGCGACGGUGCCCAAUCCCAUCUUCCACUUUACGUGCCUCGACGCGAGUCUGGCGAUCGCGCCCGUGUUUGAGCGCUUCUCGAGCGUCAUCAUCACGUCGGGAACCAUCAGUCCGCUCGACAUGUAUCCCAAGAUGCUCAAAUUCGACGCGAUUGUGCAGGAGAGCUAUGCCAUGACGCUCACACGCCAGUGUUUCUUGCCGCUCGUCAUCACGCGCGGCAGCGACCAGGUGGCGAUCAGUUCGCGCUUCGAGGUGCGCAACGAUCCGGCGGUGGUGCGCAACUACGGCAGCAUCCUGAUCGAGUAUGCCAAGUGCGUACCGGAUGGCAUCGUCGCCUUCUUCCCAUCGUAUCUGUAUAUGGAGAGCAUCGUGGCUGCCUGGCACGACAUGGGCAUCUUGGACGAGGUGUGGAAGUACAAGCUCAUCUUUAUCGAGACGCCCGAUGCGCCCGAGACGAGCAUCGCGCUCGAGAACUACCGACGUGCUUGCGACAAUGGACGAGGGGCGAUCCUGCUCUCGGUAGCCCGAGGUAAAGUGUCCGAGGGGAUCGAUUUCGACCACAACUACGGGCGCGCGGUGAUCAUGUUUGGCGUGCCGUACCAGUACACCGAGUCGCGAAUCCUGAAGGCGAGGCUCGAGUUCCUACGCGACAACUUCCGCAUCCGCGAGAACGACUUCCUCACCUUCGACGCGAUGCGACACGCUGCGCAAUGCGUCGGAAGAGUAUUGCGCGGUAAGACGGAUUACGGAUUGAUGGUGUUUGCCGACAAGCGAUUCGCGCGUGCGGAUAAGCGCAACAAGCUGCCCAAGUGGAUCGCGCAGUACAUCAAGGAGACGCACAGCAACCUUUCCACCGACAUGGCGAUCGUCGAGUCCAAGCUGUUCAUCCGCUCCAUGGCCCAGCCGUACCCGGAGGGCAAGAACGGCGUCAGUCUCUGGGAGCUGGCCGACAUCGAAACGCGGCAGGCCAAGGAAAGGGAGACCUUCGCCAAGCUCAUGGGCGGACAACUCAAGGUGGAUGCCAACGGCGAAGUCGUCGAUCGCGACGAUAGCGAUAGCGACAUGGAAGCAGCAACGACCAAAAAGGACGACGACGACGAUGAUUUUGACGCCGAGUUCGGAGGCGGCGACGAUCUGGCGCACAUCGAGGAGCUCGACGACCCCAUUAUCACUGCCUAG